CAGCGGUCAGUAUUCUGCAGCUGAUCAAGUCCUCCAGCUGUUUGGACCUUAAUGGCGGAGACAAUGAAGCUGAGUGGACACCACGCUCCUCCUAAUGAAGCCAGCUACAGGGACUGCAUGUGUGCGGUACUGAAGCUGUUGUCAGACUUCGGCAAAGAGCUCAAAUUAAGUGAUGCUGCUCUCAGAAUAGAAGUCAACAUCGAUGCUGUGGAUCUUCCAUCAUCUCCAGAUGCUCGUGUGUACAGCUGUUUGCAGAAACACAUCACUAAAUUACAGGCUGUUUCAGAAAGCUUGAAGACACAGUUGGAUGCUCAUAGUGAUGCAUCAUCUACAAAAGACACCACAUCAGACGAUGCCGUCACCUCAUCGUCCCUCAAAGAGCAGACGACUGCACUGUCUGAGCACCAUCCUCCCAGCCCAGAAGCUGCAGAAAGCAAGGCGGCGGCUGAUGACAUCAUGGUUCAGAUCAGAGCCAGGAAGUCAGAGAUUGAGCGAAGAAUAUCUGCAUUUAUGGAACGCAAGCAGAUGGAGAUCAAUGAAAACAAUGUACGCGAGUUUUGCAACGUGAUCGACUGCAAUCAGGAAAACAGCUGUGCCAGAACAGAUGCAGUUUUCACUCCUUAUCCAGGUUUUAAAAGCCACGUGAAAGUUACACGGGUGGUAAACACUUACGGACCCCAGACUCGUGGUGGGGGAGGCCAAGGAGAGGCUGGGGAUCAGCAGAGGGGGCCGAUGGCAAGAGACUGCGGAAAUGCAGCGAUAGAAGAACGACUUUACAACAUCGAGACUCACCUGAAACUCCCACGAGCUGGUCCAGUUCCAUUGAGUGUGUACCAGAGACUAAAGAAGCUGGAGGAUCGUAUCCUGGAGUUGGAGGGACUCUCACCGGAGUACUUUCAGUCCACGAGUCACCUGCACAAGCGACCAAAGCCAUCCCCUGCUCAGGCCUGUAGUCUGACAGAGUUAGACGAGAAGAUCAGUGCAGUGAAAGCGGCACUAUUGAAGAGGGUGAAUGAAUUCUCACCUGGAUAUGGAACAGAGUGUCCACUGUAACAUCCCCACACACUAACACUCCUAACACACUGUGUCUGUUAAUGCAUCAUUGGUUUCCUUUUGUGUUCCUCACCUCUUCAUUAGCACCGCUCUCACAAUAUGAUAUCAAAAAUACGGAAACAUUUCAUAUGAGCUUCAUUUUACGGCCAGAAAAAUUGUAUUCCUUAAAAUACUUUUGUAGUUAAAUCAAGGGUGCUCCGAUCAGGUUUUUUGGGGUCGAUCACAGAGCGCUGGAAGCAGAAUCGGUUUAUGCAAUCACGGGGUCUAUUUCAAGAAUUCAAGAGCAGGCAAAUAAAUAUUGUAAACGUUUUCAUUUCAAAAUAUUUGCGGAAUCUGAUCAGCUCUUCUGAUCUCUUAUAGAGACCACCGACCGAUCAAACUAUUUACAACGAAUAUCGGCCGAUAAAUCGAUGACCGAUUGAUCGGAGCACCCUUAUGUGAUUAUAAUUGUUCUGUAAAUAAAGAUUUUUUCUUUCAUGUAAA